GCUCCAAAACGCCCGCGAAGCAGUUUACGCUCUGGAGAGAGAUAAGAGAUAGAGAAAAAGUACAGAGAAGAAAACGAGUUCACUAGUAGUAGUUGUAGUAUAAUUUCAACAGCAAUGGUGACUCUACAAUUAUCUGAUUAUUCAAAUCCAAUUAUUCUUCUCAAACCUUCGUCUUCUUUGAAGAACUCUUCAAGAUUUUCUCAAGAAACUCGAUUCUUUCCUACAAUUGCUAAAGCUAAUUCAUCUUCUUUAUCAUCAUCAAAUUCACAACAACAACAACAAAUUCAUUGUUUAAAUAGAAGACAAUUGAUAACUGAAACAGCUUUGCUUUCUGUUUCUUUAUCAUCUCUAAUUGGAUUUGAACAACCAGCUAAAUCUGAAGAACCUCCUCUUUCUGAAUGGGAAAGAGUUUACCUUCCUAUUGAUCCUGGUGUUGUUCUUCUCGAUAUCGCCUUCGUUCCCGAUGACCGCAAUCAUGGCUUUUUGUUGGGGACAAGACAGACUAUAUUGGAGACUAAAGAUGGAGGGAAUACUUGGCUUCCACGUUCAAUUGCUUCUGCUGAAGAUGAAGAUUUUAAUUACAGAUUUAAUUCAAUUAGUUUCAGAGGUAAAGAAGGAUGGAUUGUUGGAAAGCCUUCCAUUUUGCUCUAUACUGACGAUGCUGGCGAAAACUGGAAGCGAAUUCCUUUAAGCUCUCAGCUUCCAGGAGAUAUUGUUUAUAUUAAGGCCACUGAUGAUACAAGCGCUGAAAUGGUUACUGAUGAAGGUGCUAUUUAUGUUACAUCAAACAAAGGGUACAAUUGGAAGGCUGCCGUUCAAGAGACUGUCUCGGCGACUCUUAACAGAACAGUUUCUAGUGGAAUUAGUGGUGCAAGUUACUACACCGGAACUUUUAAUACAGUGAACCGCUCUCCUGAUGGGAACUAUGUUGCUGUAUCAAGCCGUGGGAAUUUCUACCUUACUUGGGAGCCUGGGCAGCCAUACUGGCAGCCACAUAAUAGAGCAGUUGCAAGGAGGAUUCAGAACAUGGGAUGGAGAGCUGAUGGUGGUCUUUGGCUUCUGGCACGUGGUGGGGGACUUUAUCUCAGCAAAGGCACAGGGAUAACGGAGGAUUUUGAAGAAGUUCAAGUACAGAGUCGAGGUUUUGGUAUUCUUGAUGUUGGGUUUCGCUCGAAGGAUGAGGCUUGGGCAGCCGGUGGUAGUGGAGUUCUUCUGAGGACCAACAACGGUGGCAGAACAUGGGUCCGAGAUAAGGCAGCAGAUAAUAUUGCAGCAAAUCUCUACUCAGUGAAGUUUAUCAAUGACAACCAGGGGUUUGUCCUAGGAAAUGAUGGUGUCUUGCUUCGGUAUCUAGGAUGACCGGCCUUAAGUACGCAUGUAAUCCUUUCUCCUCCGUAUAAUACAUAAUACUUUCUUUGUUGUAUCGUCGUGAACACCAAGAUAAUGUCGUGUGUAGAGAGAGGCAAGUGUGUCCAGUUAUUCAAUGGCUUGACCAAUUGGGAUUACAUUAUGACAUUUCUGUUGAAAUUCAUUUUGCAAACUUACAUUAUUUCUGCUGGCACAGGUUUGGCAAUCAUGUUUAGUUUUGUGCUGCAAUUGCUGUCUAAUAGAAUUAUCCCCUACGUACAGGCGAAACUGAAAAACUUUACAAAGACCACUUAUAUCUGAGACAUGUAAUCAAGUACGAGUCCUUUCUUGUAUUAAAACUUGAAUUUGUGCUGUGCAACUAUAUGUAAUAUUAUUAUUUUUGUAUC